AUAAUUGACACUGAAAUGAAUUGAAAUUAGGGUAUAUAUAUAGCAGUAAAAGAAUCUCACACUUUCCAAAGCAAGUCAUCCCCUUUUCCUCUUUGCUGCCAUUUUUACAUAUAUUUAAAACCUAGCUUCUUCCAUUCUUCAACGUUUGCAGCUCAGAGAAAAAAAAUGCCAGAGGGUAUAACAGCAGAGGAUCUGGUAAGCAACAUCAGGGAAACAUUUUCAGACAGUAUAUCGAGGCACAAAAGUGGCUCGUUUUUCGAGGAGGACAAGUUGGAUUCCGUCACUUCUCAGUUCAACCGCUUGUUUGGGCGCGAAAAACCAAUUCACCAUAUCUUGGGCGGGGGUAAAUCUGCUGAUGUGCUACUCUGGAGGAACAAGAAAAUCUCGGCUAGUGUUCUAACCGGUGCUACGGUCGUUUGGAUUUUAUUCGAAUGGCUAAAUUACAAUUUGCUUACGCUUUUAAGCCUUGUUCUUGUUAUGGGGAUGGUUGCUCAGUUCGCCUGGAAAAAUGCUUCCGGGAUAUUAAAUAGGUCUCCAUCGAGAGUGCCUCGUGUUGUUUUGCCCGAUGAGGUUUUUGUCAACAUUGGAAGGGCGAUCGGGUAUCAAGUGAAUCAUGGUCUGAAAUUCUUGCAGGAUGUUUCUUGCGGUGGAAAUAUUAAGCAAUUUCUUGCGGUUAUUGCUAGCUUGUGGGCUGCUGCUAUUAUCGGAACCUGGUGCAACUUUCUGACCGUGUUAUAUAUCGGUUUCGUUGGGGCCCACACAUUGCCGAUACUGUAUGAGAGAUACGAUGAUCAAGUUGAUGGGUUUAUAAGCAAUGUUCUUGAACAGCUUCAACACAACUACCGAAAGCUGGACAAGGGCGUUCUUGGAAGAAUCCCCAAGGGCAAUUUCGGGGGUAAAAAAGUCGAGUAGAUUUUUUUAUUUUUGUCUAAUUACAACUAAAAUUGUGAGAUAUUCGGACAAGAAUUUAUUUGUUUCAAAAAUAACAACGAUGUCCAUUUUUAUGUGCUAGAAACGAUAUAUGUAUUGAUGUUACUCUAGUGCUUUUGCAUCGUUCGAAUUUCACCGGUAUCGAAUUUCGUCUUAAAUAUAGUAAAUGUCACAUAUAUCUUUGUUUGUUU